CUACCGUAUAUGACACGGCGAUAUACGGCCGUAAUACGGCGCAUACCAAAACGUUAAAAUACGGCCCGUAUACGGCCGUAAAUUCGGCGUAUACGGCCGUGUACGCCAUCGUAAACGGCCGUUUACGGCCGUAUCUAGUCGUCGUAAUGCUCGACCUGGGCGUAUAACUGGAGCAUUCAAAGUUGAGUCAAAACGAUGACUUAAUCUUGUUUCAAGUUUUUCAACAAUUUCAUUCAUUAACUCACUUUGAAAAAUGUUUUUGUUUUAGAAAGAAGCAAUUACAACCACUGAAGCAUUAUCAUCGAUUUCAACUAAUAUACUCAGUCAUACAUCAACUGUUAUUGAUGCAUCAGCUGUACCUAAAACACCUCCAAAUCAAGCAUCAAAUUUAAGUGAAGCAUUAGCUGCUGUUGUAACAGUUCCUACAAAUCAAAUAUCAGCUCUAAGUCAAACAGUAAAUUUAAGUGAAGCAUCAGCUGCUAUUGCAACAAUAUCUCCAAGUCAAACUUUAGUUCUAAGUCAAACAUUAAAUCUCAGUGCAACGUUAGAUAUUAAUGAUAUCGACGCAAAUAAUUAUUCAAACGAUGAUUUAAAAAAUUUAUUACGUGUCGUACUUGCUGAAAAUAAAAGGUUAACUGAUCAAUUGAAUCAACAACGUAAUGAACAAUGA